CAUCAUCCAGCCAGCUGUGCGACCAAAUCCAAAAGAGGGGAGGAAAGUGGAACAUAUGGAGAAGAUGAUUGUGGCUAUGCAAGAUCCUGACAUGGGGAUGAAGCUGAGGAACCAGAGGCUCCUCAUCACGGUCAUUCCACAUGCCAUGACAGGUCAUGAUAUAAUUAUAUGGUUGAUCCACAAAUACAGUGUCUGUGAGGAGGAGGCUUUGCAUCUUGGUGGCAUGCUGGUGAAAUACGGAUAUAUUUAUCCUCUCAAGGAGCCACGCUCCCUUGUGUUGCAGCCUGAUGAGUCACCCUACCGCUUCCAGACUCCAUACUUCUGGACGAGUACGCGAUGGCCUGCCUCAGAGCUAGACUAUGCGAUAUAUUUGGCUAAGAAGAACAUACGAAAGCAAGGAGAACUGAUGGAAUAUGAAAAGGAACGGUACAGUUUGUUGCACAAGAAGAUCAACCACACCUGGGACUUUGUGGUGAUGCAGGCUAGAGAACAGCUCAGGGCAUCCAAGCAGAGGCGAAAGGCAGACCGGAUCGUUUUAGAAUGUCAGGAGCAGGCUUACUGGCUCAUCAACAGACCCCCACCUGGGGUGCAUAAUAUGUUAGACGUCGGUCUUGAGCGACAGAAUAACUUCAAUUUACGAGCCACGCUGAACAGUGACUUCUACAAAAACGAGAUUGAAGUCUACAGAAGGGCCCUUGGAAGAAACCGUGUGAAAUCGUCAAUCUGCCUAGAAGGCUUCCUGAAGUACAGCGAGCAGUACCAGAACCACGAUCCCAUCAUGCAAGGCUGCCUUCCCAGCAACCCCUGGAUCUCUGAUGAUACAGCGCACUGGACAAUGAACACAGAAGUGGUGCCGGUUCCGACACGUCUGCGAGUGGAGCGUUGGAGCUUCAGCUUCAUGGAACUCCUCAAUGACGCCAUGGGGAGGCAGGAAUUCAUGCUGUACCUAGAGAAGGAGUUCAGUGCGGAAAACCUGUACUUCUGGCAGGCCUGUGAGGAGAUCCGACAUGGAGAAAGUUCUAAGAUCGUGGAGAAAGUGGAGGAAGUUUACAAAAACUUCCUGGCACCUGGAGCUGCCCGUUGGGUCAACAUCGACAGCAAGACAAUGGACAAAACUUUGGAGGGCAUCAAACAACCGCACCGCUUUGUCUUGGACGACGCGCAAAUGCACAUCUACUUCCUCAUGAAGAAGGACUCCUACCCGAGGUACCUUAAAUCUGACCUGUACAAAAACAUGCUGGCUAAGGCCAUUGUCCCCCAGGAAACCAAGAAAAGCGUGUUUCCCUUUAUGAGACGCCAGCGCCAUUCUAGCCCAUCCCCUGCUCAGGCUGUCGCCCAGGUGACAGAGGAAGAGGGGCGUCAUAAAGGGGCUGGGUAAACAGGUAUCCACAGCUUCUGGCUUUGCUAUCAGGUGGUCAUCCAUUAAAAGAAACAAUCCUGGCCCCCUUAAUGUAGUUGAUCUCCACAGCUCCUCCCGAGGAGCUCCUUCCCUCCUGACUUUUCUGUCAAAACCUCCAUGCAACACUUAAAAAAAGCAUCAGCAUCUUCUAAAAUCCCACACAAUCAUUAAAGAUAGGCGCUUUAAGACCUGGUAUGACCCCUGCUGCAUCCUUUUAUUUUUAUUAUCCACCUCAUCAAAUAUCAUACAUGUACUUGUGCUUGUUUGUCCGGUUCAUAUACUGCUGGAGCUGCACAUAUAGCAUGAUUUUAUCCUAAUAAAAUGUCUUAGCGUCAGACGUGUUUGCGCUCAUUUCAGCAUUCGUGCAUCUGCGGUCAGGCUUGAAAUCAGUUUGCUUUGGGGCUUUUAUGUCUUCUGCUUCAUUUCCAUUGCUUAAUGUGAAUUGAAAAACGCAAUCAGAGAAUUUUUCUUUGGCUUUAGAGCUCAAAUUUAUCAUAACUCAGUAGUUCUCCUCCACUCUUUUCUUAGCCUAAUCUGGCUCCCCCUUCUGGCUGCAUUUGUUCCCUUAAAUAUUUUUUGGUCAGGAUGUUUUUCCAGUAUUCCUCUUAGAUUAGACUUCAACUAUUUGACCGACACACCUGAGCGGUUAAGCUUGGCUAUGCUUGAUCUGUGGGAUUUCAUUUACUAAUGGAGGUAAGCUCAAAGUUGGAGCACUUUUACACGCACGGGCAGAGAAUUCCUUUCAGCACAGCAACUCAUGGAGAUUAUAAUAAUCCGCUUUCCUCUCGUUCGGCUCUUCUCUGGUGUGAAAGUGUGUUCGUGUGAGGGAAAGAUAAAUAUGAUCCACAAAAUUCGCAAAACAAAAUGUGUUUGUAUAGAACCUAUUUAAUUCUUUAUAGGCUUUAACGGACCAGAAAGUGAUUGCCACAGCACUCAACUCAACUUGCAUUGCACCUUUUGAAAGUAAAAAUAACAGCAAAAAAAAAAAAGAAUAAAAGAGGAAACAGUUUUAAAUCACUCCUCACAAUAGGAUCAGCAUAUGGACAGGAAAUUGUGCGAACAAUAAAAGGAAUGCUGUGGGACAGCCUAUAAAUGUCAUUCUAGAAGGAUUAUACCUCCACGCACGUGGAACGACGUGUCCUAUAUUAAGAGCGGACGCCAUGCGUGACCUUUGCACGUGGUAAAAAAAACGGACACACACAUAUAAAGAAAGAGACGGUAAUCGUCACCUACAUUCAUUGAAAGCUGAGUCCUUGCAUCAAUCAAAGACAUGAAGUACUGGGAAACAAAAACACAGAACAGAGUUUUUUGUCGGAAUUUCAACGUGCUUGUGACCUUUAAAGUUAUGUGCACCCUGGUGUUAAAGAAGACAGUUAAAGGGAAAAAAAA